CAUAAAUUCCUGCCUGUCUGGUGUGAAGGAGGAGGAAUGAAGAGUAAAGAAGUCAGUCCGUGGACCCACAACCAAAGAGGAGAUGACAAACAAUAACAACCACAAAACUCAAUCCAAGCUCUUCAAAUUAUACUUUAACGUGUUUUGUUCUCUAUGACCAGCUCUGCGUCACGACGACGACUUGUGCGUGCGUUUUUUUGUUUUUUCAGACUAGUUGGAAAAGUUUUUGUUACUCUUUAGGGGCUUUCUUUUGUACCCUGGGCUUUGAAAUACGUGAUAUUUGAUAUAACUUCAGUCACAUAACAAGACAACAUCUAAAAAGGGCUGCCAUGGAGAUGCUGGACAGUGGUGAGCCGUUUUUACACUGGGAAAGGAACCUGAGUGAACUGUCUGAAGCCGGAGACAUAGACUGUGCGCUCUACACCAACCAUUUUACGGAGCUCCUGGAUGACCUCUCCCAUGAUGCCCUACUGGGUCAACUGCUUAGCGACCCGUUCUUGUCUGGGGUGAGAGGAGGAGGAGGGGAGGCCAUGGAGGGAGACGAUGGGGAACUGUCGCCAUCAUCUCCAAUUUCUCCUCACAUCACAGUGGAGCAUAGCUACUCCCUUUGUGGUGACAGCAGACCCCAGUCACCCCUGUCCCACCUGACUGGAGAGCAUGGCAGUGAAGCAGGGGAGUCAGAUGGUGAUUCUGAGUGGCCCAUGGAGCAAGAGGAGUCCAUUGACCUGCUAUGUGAGACUCCCUCCCUGCUCCCCACACUGGCCCUGUCACUGUCCUCCUCCGAAGUGCCCCGGGCCACAGAGGGAGUGACUGUCCCCCCUGCAGCCACCACACCCCCUGUCCCUCCAAAGUCUCCGAGCCAAGGCAAAGGCAUUAAGAUAAAAGAAGAGAACAUCACCCCACAGAUAAAACUGGAGCCACAUGAAGUUGACCAGUUUCUAAAUCUUUCUCCAAAAAGUCUGGAGUCUCUACAGAUGCCCCCAACCCCUCCCAGUUCCCAUGGCAGUGACUCCGAGGGCAGUCAAAGCCCUGUGCAUGCUCCAACAGGCCUCUCCAGCCCCACCUCUCCCACCAGCCCCCCACCAUCACAGGCCAACCUCAAAGUGUCCCCACGAGCUCAUUCCUCUUUGUCCAACUCCCCUCUUCUAACCGCACCCCAUAAACUGCAAGGUUCGGGGCCUCUGAUCUUGACUGAGGAGGAGCGUCGUACCUUGGUGGCUGAAGGUUACCCUGUUCCUACCAAACUGCCCCUGACCAAAGCUGAGGAGAAAGCGCUUAAGAAGAUCCGCAGAAAGAUUAAAAAUAAGAUUUCGGCUCAGGAAAGUCGCAGGAAGAAGAAGGAAUAUAUGGAUACACUGGAGAAGAAGGUGGAGAACUGCUCCAAUGAAAACAGUGAACUGCGCAGGAAAGUGGAGACACUUGAGUGUACCAACAAGUCUCUGCUACAGCAGCUCCAGGCGCUGCAGGCCAUGGUCGCUGGGAAGGUCUCAAAGUCCUGUAGAGUUGCUGGAACACAGACCUCCUCAUGCCUAAUGGUGGUUGUCCUGUGUUUUGCUUUGUUCUUGGGGAGUUUUUACCCCAGCAGCUUGGCCCCUUCCUCCACAAUCACUAACACAGACCACACAUCCAAACAGAUGGCUGUCAAAGAUUCCUACACAUCCAUAGUAAAAUCAAGGAGUCUUUUAUCAACCUUUGAGGAUGAACAGCCACAACUGCUUGGACUGGGAGGGGAAUAUCCGGACCAAUGGGAGGACACACCAGCUGUUGUUAUGGCAGCAUGGCGUCGUUCAGAGCAACAGAAAAUUGCAGUAGAGCCCAACAGGAUCGAAACUUAUCCUCCUUUCAGGAAUAAAAACAAUGACACUCAAAGACUUUUAGACAUACACAGGUCUCUGGAUCCAAGGCCAAAUGGGAGCCGGAGUAAAGUGAUAGAGUUGGAACGGACAGUCAACGAAACAUCUUGAGUCCUCGUCAAGACUGUAUGAACUUUGACCUCCUCCUUUAAGAGCAUGGACCAGUGUCCCAAAGGAAACCUCACGUCACUGCUGAAUACUGAGGUCCAUCUGAACUUUUACGAUACUUACACUGUAGUGAUGCAAAACAUCACUAUUGAUAGUGGCACUGGUUGCUAACAUUCCUGAAGUAAGUUGCACUGAAUAGUUUUCUACACAAGUCAGGUUUUCAUUUGUCUCCAGUCUUAAAAAAAAGGCUAAAGGAAUCACUUGAAAAUGAAUUUAAGACCUGUUUAAUAAUACGGCAUUUACUCCACUGCAGAGUGUAUUUAACAAACUAUGGCAUGUGGGGCUUUUGUAGGGGACACUGACGUGCUAAAAACAUGGAGGAUCUAUAUAUUUAUAGAAAUUAUUGCUCUUUAAGUAUGAAUUGUAUUUCAUUCCAGCAAUGUGUGUGUCACAUUUUGUUAUUUGCCUGUUCGUUCUUUUUAUAAUUGUAUAUUUUGUAUAAUUUUAUUAUUAUCUGUUAUGAAGCAUCAACAAUGAUGCUUGGAGGCUCUUCAUAAGGACUUGUGUAAAAAUGGGAAUUCAAAUAGGUAGAUGUUACUUUGUUUAACUUUGUGGUAAAAGACCACUCUCAUGUUGAUGUUGUUUAAGGUGUGUUAGCAUUGGCCUCAAUACAACUUAUUUGUAAGCCAAUUUCAAUUUGCAUAUUAUGACAAAUGAGCUCCAAGAAAAUACAAAGGAACUACACAAAAUUCUCAAUGUUUUGUAAAUAUAGAUUUGUUUUGAUAUUAGAAUGUCCAUAUCUAAAUAUUAGCAUAAUCAUUUCGUUACCUACGCCUAACAGUCCAUUUCAAGUGUAUUACAGUUAUUAUUUGUAUGCUCCAAAUUGUGACUUUUUGUCACAAAGUUAUGUGUGUGUGAUGUGAGGCCAGUCUGAUCCAUAGUUUGGUUAAAUUAAUUAACAAACCAUCAAGUUAAAAUAGAAUCAGCCAAAAUAUCUUUAUAACUUAUUUAUGAGUUUUGCGUCAAUUAUUUAAUUUCUCCAACACAACAGAAAACAAAGGGCCAAUGUAUAUUUUAUGAAUUCUUUAAGUCUUGAUUUUUCAGUUUUGCUAUUUCUUGUGCUUGAACUUAAAGCUUUUCUACAGUUUCACAAUAAAGUAUUUUCAGUAGUAAA